AUGAGCUUCAAUAUCAUCGAGGUCGAGGUCAAAUACUGUGAGUCCAUCUACAAGCAGUCAGUCAGUCUAGCACUUCUUCACUCUGUUUUCAACCUCAACAUCAUCGUGAACAUUUGCAGCGGUCCCCUUACUCCUGCUCUCAGACUUCCCAUCACUGUCUCCGACAGGCCCAGCACUGAGGGCACCACUGCCCUCUACUUCACCGAGGGUGGCAACAGUGACAAGGUGUUGGGUCUUACCUGUCACCACAUCCUCUUCAAGAUAGAUAGGACAACCAAUGAUGACAACAUCUUUGUGGGCACCGGUGCACCUCACCAUAUCAUGGUUGAGAUUUAUGAGGGGCAGAUCAAGAGGUUAGAGGCAAUGGUGGGUGGUGGUGAUGUUGCAGAGGCAAUUGAGGACCUCGAGAAGUGUUACGAGAAGAUCAAAAAGGAGUGGAGAAAGCUCAGCCAGCACAUCAUCAACUAUAUCUGCUUCUCUUUCACCAUCACCUUCAAUAGUGCAUUCGAGCUCAAUGAUUCCAACUUCAAGAAUGUGUUCAAGGGUGAUUUCAUCGAUCUUGGUACGGAGAUCCCAUCCAACCAGUUCACCUUGAAAAUGUAUCUCCACGAUGAUGGCAAGCUGACCUUUGAGUAUCUCGAUGAUCAUCUCCUUUCACUCCACGACAUGAUCAUCGAAGAGUGCAUGCAUGAGCCUGACAUGCUCGAUCAUGACAAUGAGGCCUGCUUGCUCAUCAUCAAGAAUGGCAACACUACUGAUGUCACCAUCAGCAAGUUGAUGAAGUGGGCCAUCUACAACUAUGACAACAAGUCGAGCAUGUUCUCAGCCUCUGAUGACUCUGGGUUGAUCAUCUCGAUGGACUUGGUCAUAUCAGUGACCUUCUUACUGGUGAUACUGGCAAGAUGGUAA